AUAAUACCAACCUCUCGCUCUCUCAAUCUGAAAUCGGCGGGAAAAAAAGAGGAAGAAAACCCCCUCAAAUCUAGUCUCAUCCCCUCCCAAAUCCUCCAGACAUCUUUCUCCAUUAUUGGUAAUGAUUAACGUACUGAACGUGGCGGAGAAGCCUUCGGUGGCGAAAUCUGUGGCGACUAUACUCUCAAGGAACCAACAGCAUGGACUGAGAGUAAGAGAGGGGCGGUCCCGCUAUAACAAAAUCUUCGAGUUUACUUACGUGAUUAAUGGGCAGCCAUGCCACAUGCUUAUGACCUCCGUCACGGGUCACCUGAUGGAGCUCGAAUUCGAAGACCGCUUCCGCAAGUGGCAUUCUUGUGAUCCUGCCGAUUUAUUCUCCGCCCCCGUCCGUAAAUUCGUCCCUGAGGACAAGAUAGAUAUCAAAAGGACAUUGGAGGAGGAAGCUAGAAGGUGCCAGUGGCUUAUUUUGUGGCUUGAUUGUGAUAGAGAGGGAGAAAACAUUGCAUUUGAAGUGAUGGAGGUCUGUAGAGCAGCGAAUCGCUACCUCACCGUACGGAGGGCUCGCUUUUCUGCAUUAAUUGACAGGGAAAUCCAUGAGGCGGUCCAAAAUCUCGUUUCUCCCAACCAGUGCUUUUCUGAUGCUGUGGAUGCUAGGCAAGAAAUUGAUCUCCGUAUUGGUGCUUCUUUCACUAGGUUUCAAACCAUGCUAUUGAGAGAUAAAUUUGAUAUUGAUGCUGCUCAAGAUGACAGAAAUCUUGUUCUAAGUUAUGGUCCUUGUCAGUUCCCUACACUUGGCUUUAUAGUGGAACGUUAUUGGGAGAUACAGUCACAUGAACCAGAAGAGUUUUGGACUCUUAACUGUUCUCACAAAUCAGAUGAAGGCAUUGCUACCUUCAAUUGGAUGCGGGGACAUCUCUUUGACUAUACUUCUGCUGUUGUACUGUACGAAAUGUGUGUUCAGGAGCCAACUGCGACUGUAACAAAGGUUCAACAACAGGAGAAGAAUAAGUAUCCUCCAUAUCCUUUGAGUACCAUUGAGCUUGAAAAACGAGCUUCACGAUAUUUCCGGAUGAGUUCUGAACACACCAUGAAGGUGGCUGAAGAUCUAUACCAAGCAGGUUUCAUUAGUUAUCCUCGUACAGAGACAGAUUGCUUUUCUAGCAGGACUGAUUUGCAAACAAUUGUGCAAGAACAACAACCACAUCCUAUAUGGGGUUCAUAUGCUCAAAGGCUGUUAGAUCAUGGAGAAGGAUUAUGGCGAAACCCCAGUAGUGGUGGACAUGAUGAUAAAGCCCACCCACCCAUUCACCCGACAAAAUUUUCUGCUGGUGAAACUGGAUGGAGUCAAGAUCAUCACAGAGUAUAUGAGUUGGUUGUUCGCCAUUUUCUGGCUUGUGUUUCACAACCAGCUAUAGGGGCUGAAACUACCGUUGAAAUAGACAUUGCUGGAGAACAGUUUUCUGCAUCAGGGAGGGUGAUAUUAGCUAAAAAUUACCUGGAUGUUUACCGCUUUGAAUCAUGGGGUGGCUCAAUGAUUCCUACAUAUCUUCAUGGAGAACAGUUUAUCCCAACAACGCUGACUCUUGAUUCAGGAGUUACGAGACCACCGCCUCUUUUAAGUGAAGCUGAUUUGCUUAGCUGUAUGGACAAGGCGGGCAUUGGUACAGAUGCAACAAUGCAUGACCACAUAAAGAAGCUGCUUGAUAGAUUCUAUGCAACAAAGGAUCCAAACACUCGUUUCUCACCAACUAAUCUUGGCGAGGCUCUAGUUAUGGGAUAUGAUGACAUGGGGUAUGAACUUUGGAAACCAAAUCUUAGAUCAACAAUGGAGGGUGAUAUGAGAAGAGUUAGCAUGGGCCAUAAAAGUAAAACUGAAGUUUUGGAAACUUGCUUGCAGCAGAUGAAAGCUUGCUUCUUAGAUGCGAGGAUAAAUAAAAUUAAACUCUUGGAAGCCAUGGCUGUUUUCUUUGAGAGAUCUGAUAGAUCCAAUGGAAAUGAUCAUGGUGCAAGUGGAGAAAUUGUUCGUCCAUGUGGACUUUGCCAAGAAUCAAAUAUGGUGCUAAAAAGAAAUCGGGAUGGCAAUUUCAUGGUAGGAUGCUUGGGAUAUCCGCAGUGUAGGAAUGCUAUAUGGCUUCCUGGACCCGUGCUAGAAGCCACCAUAACCACCAAUAUUUGCAACAAUUGCACUCCAGGUCCCGUUUAUUUGAUACAGUUCAAGUUUCGGCAGCUUGAAAUACCACCUGGCUUCAAUGUCAACCAUUUAGGUUGCAUUGGUGGCUGUGAUGAGACUCUAAGACAGUUGAUAGAGAUAUGUGGAACUGGUUCCCGUGUACAAGCAAGAGGUAGAGCUCCAAAUACAACAUCCAGCAACCUCCAACAAAGUAACACUAGGCAUGGUACUUGCACUCAUUGUCAGCAAAUAGGGCAUAUUUCAAGUGACUGUCCUUCACGACUUUCAGCUUCUCGACAGGCUCAGUCCCGUGGAAUGAAUCAACAGACUGGGGAAUCUUCAGUUUCAUGUGGGACAUGUGGAACGCCUUGUCUUCUUCGUACGGCUAAUACUGCAAAUAACAGGGGCAGAAAGUUCUACUCAUGUUCAUCGCAAGGAUGCAACUUUUUUGUAUGGGAGGAUAACUUGAACAAUGGCAGCAACAGAAGAAAUGCUCCCCAUGGAAGUAUGGAUAACUCAGCAUCAAACCCUAGCAGGAGAAGUGGGCGUGGCAGAGGUGUGCAGAGUGGAGGCCGUGGUGCUGAUGUAACUUUUGUAUCAGCCACUGGUGAUCCUAUUUCUGGCAGAAGAUGCUAUGUAUGUGGUGAUCCAUCACACUUUGCAAAUGCCUGCCCGAAUCGUGUUUCCUGAUGCAAUCUGAGAUGUUAUGCAUGCAAAAUAGGAAAACAGAAGGCCGGAGUAGCAUUCUGCUGUCCGUUAUUCCUGCAUGAUAGUUAUGAAAUUAACUUAAUGAAAAGAUUUGUACAGAAAGGAGCUGUGUUAUUAUCUCAUGUUUUUCCAAUUCAUGUACGCAUGUGAUAACUUAAUUUGGAAAGAGUUGUUUUUUUCUGUCAUCUUUAGAAUUAACUGAUUAUUAUGACAGUUGAAUUUAUCAAUAUGCCAAAAUCAUUUCAUACUUUGGAUUGA